AUUACUAUGAGCACCAUUGCGCAGAGUUAGACUGAGUAACACAAAUAUAUAGCAUAGCUGCUGCUUAGAAACUGAGGAGCAGAUAUACACAAUACACAGAGAGGUUCACUUUCAAAAUGGCCGGUGGGGUGGUUCCUGUCGAUUCAUCACCAUUUUCCAAUGGCUUUGCUGGCAAGAUAACGCUCUCAGUUAUCAUCACUUGCAUCGUUGCUGCAUCCAGUGGACUCCUUUUUGGAUAUGACAUCGGAAUUUCAGGAGGUGUCACAACAAUGGUACCAUUUCUGGAAAAAUUCUUUCCACAUAUAUUAAGAAAGGCUGCUGCCACCGAAGUAAACAUGUACUGUGUGUAUGACAGUCAAGUGUUAACAUUGUUUACAUCUUCUCUGUACCUUGCCGGGUUAGUGUCAUCUCUUGCAGCUAGUCGAGUCACGGCGGCAUUGGGUCGGAGAAACACCAUCAUCUUGGGUGGUGUCAUCUUUGUUGUUGGUGGUGCCCUUAAUGGAGGUGCUGAAAAUAUUGCUAUGCUCAUUUUGGGUCGUAUCCUACUCGGGUUUGGGGUCGGUUUCACUAAUCAAGCUGCGCCGUUGUACCUUUCUGAAAUCGCACCACCGAAAUGGCGAGGAGCAUUCAACACAGGGUUCCAAUUCUUCCUAUCACUUGGAGUGCUGGUUGCAGGUUGCAUCAACUUCGGAACCGCAAAGAAAACUUGGGGGUGGCGUGUCUCUCUGGGCCUUGCAGUGGUGCCUGCAGCAGUUAUGACAAUUGGUGCUUUCCUCAUAACCGACACCCCCAACAGCUUGGUUGAGCGUGGCAAAAUAGAGCAAGCCAGAAAAGCCCUACGCAAAGCAAGAGGAUCCUCCAUCGAUGUUGAACCCGAAUUGGAAGAACUCAUUAAGUGGUCACAAAUUGCUAAAUCUGUGGAGCAGGAACCCUUCAAGACCAUAUUUGAGAGGCAGUAUCGACCCCACUUGGCCAUGGCAAUUGCUAUCCCAUUUUUUCAGCAGAUGACAGGGAUUAACAUCGUUGCAUUCUAUUCACCUAACCUCUUUCAGUCUGUGGGUUUGGGACACGAUGCCGCUUUACUUUCUGCCGUUAUACUUGGAGCAGUCAACCUUGUUUCUCUCCUCGUCUCUACCGCUAUUGUUGAUCGCUUUGGUCGAAGGUUUUUGUUCAUAACCGGUGGCAUAUGCAUGUUUGUUUGCCAGAUUGCGGUGUCGGUUCUGCUAGCAGCGGUGACUGGUGUUCAUGGUACAAAGGACGUGUCGAAGGGCAGUGCAAUUGUGGUGUUGGUGUUACUCUGUUUCUACUCGGCAGGUUUUGGUUGGUCGUGGGGGCCUCUGACGUGGCUAAUUCCGAGUGAAAUUUUCCCCUUAAAAAUCAGAACCACUGGACAAAGCAUAGCUGUUGGUGUACAGUUCAUAAUUGUGUUUAUAUUAUCCCAGACAUUCUUGUCAAUGCUAUGCCACUUUAAGUUUGGUGCCUUCUUGUUCUACGGGGGUUGGAUUGUAAUCAUGACAAUCUUUGUUAUAUUCUUCGUGCCAGAGACUAAAGGAAUUCCUUUGGAGUCAAUGGACACCAUAUGGGGUAAACACUGGUUUUGGCGCCGGUUUGUUAAAGGAGAAGUUGCCCAAGAAAAUCUUCCCUGAACUAAAUAACAAGUUAGGUGCUGUUGUUUGUAAGAAAUAGUACGUUGAAAAAUACUAGCUUUCCCCUCCUAUAUACCCUACAAGGUUUUCUGUAUAUGUAGAAAAAUUAGCAUGUUAUCUAUAUAGUACUUAUAACUAUUUGUAUGGCAGUGGCCCAGUCAGCGAAGCUUAAUGUAUCUGUUCUUUACUGCAACAACUUCUUUGAAGGUACAGGGAUAUGACCAUUUCAUUAAUCCACUAGAUCUCUUAAUAAGUAGUGGUGGGGGAUUGAUAUAAAUGUAUAAUUAAUUAGGACUUAGAUUUUAUGACUCUCAUUAUAUUUGUGUGUGAACUUCACAAUGUAAUUCUAUAGCUGUCGGGGAAUACAUUACAUCAUUAAUUA